UCCAGCCCAGUCGCCGCCGGCCGCCCACAGAGCCACAGGCAGGUGCAGGCGCAGCCGCCGCGCGAGCUCGGAGCCCAGCCGUUAGCGCGCCGUCCGUGUGUCCGUCCGUCGGUUGUCUGUCGACCCGUCGGUUGUCUGUCGACCCGUCGGCGCCGCAGCUCCCGGCCAGGCCCAGCGGCCCCGGACCCUCGUCUUCCCGCACCCGGAGCCGCCCGGCGGAGCCGGCCUUGCCGCGGCAGCCAUGUCCAUGGGCCUAGAGAUCACCGGCACCUCGCUGGCCGUGCUGGGCUGGCUGGGCACCAUCUUGUGCUGCGCGCUGCCCAUGUGGCGCGUGACGGCCUUCAUCGGCAGCAGCAUCAUCACGGCGCAGAUCACCUGGGAGGGCCUGUGGAUGAACUGCGUGGUGCAGAGCACCGGCCAGAUGCAGUGCAAGAUGUACGACUCGCUGCUGGCGCUGCCGCAGGACCUGCAGGCGGCCCGUGCCCUCAUCGUCGUGGCCAUCCUGGUGGCCGCCUUCGGGCUGCUCGUGGCGCUCGUGGGCGCCCAGUGCACCAACUGCGUGCAGGACGACACAGCCAAGGCCAAGAUCACCAUCGUGGCGGGCGUGCUCUUCCUGCUGGCCGCCCUGCUCACCCUCGUGCCGGUGUCCUGGUCAGCCAACACCAUCAUCCGGGACUUCUACAACGCCCUGGUGCCCGAGGCGCAGAAGCGCGAGAUGGGCGCCGCCCUGUACGUGGGCUGGGCGGCCUCGGCGCUGCAGCUGCUGGGGGGCGCGCUGCUCUGCUGCUCGUGCCCACCGCGCGAGAAGAAGUACCAGGCCGGCAAGAUCCUCUACUCGGCGCCGCGCUCCGCGGGCCCGUCCGGCAGCAUCGCCUACGACCGCAAGGACUACGUCUGAGGAGGCAGACGGAGGAGACCCCACCGCACCGCCACGAGCUGGAGCGCCCACCAGUCCAGCCUGCAGCCUCGCAUCGGAGACCAGCCCGGCCCCAGAUGCCAGGAAGCCCCCUCGCUGGACUGGAAGGGGCCAGCUCGGCGCCCCCUCCCAGCUGCCACCCCUCUGCGGGCUGAGGAGCCGCCUGCGGGACCCGAGAACCAGCCCGCAUGGACUGUGAAGCCUCACCCCUCUGGAGCGCAGGGCUGGGGUGCCCGCCGCUACUUGCCUGCCCGGUGGAGCCCCAUCGGGCCGCUGCCCCAAAGCCCACCAAGGGCAGGAACCAGCAGUCACGAAAUGGAGCACUUGAUAUUUAUCAAUAAAAGCAUUUC